UAAUACUCUUUGCUUGCUCCCAAAAGGCGAUGGUGCUGCCCCCAUUAACCCUUGACGUCACAUGUUCUAUACCUAAGAGUAUUCUUUGGGACAUGCUUUAAAUGUAUAAUCUCAUUGCUGGACGGUAUUUUCUCCUUGACUUCCUGUGCGUGUAGCUCCUUUUCCGCUUAGAGAGUGAACUGGUGAACAUACUUAUUGUCACGUGUGUUCGUGAACUCAAAUUUAUUUUCAAAAUGGAUAAACCUGUGGUUUUAGCGAGAGUUAUUAAGGUAUUAGGCCGUACUGGCUCUCAAGGACAGUGUACACAAGUGAAGGUGGAAUUUAUUGGAGAGCAGAACCGACAGAUCAUUCGUAACGUGAAAGGACCCGUGCGAGAAGGAGACAUCCUAACCUUGUUGGAGUCUGAACGUGAGGCCAGGAGGUUAAGCUCAUUACUUCACUCUUGUUUGUAUCUUUUAGCUCAUUACUUCACUUUCUUUUUGUUUUCAGAUGAAAGUGGCAAGCAGUUUGUGAUUCUGGUGUUUCGCUUACAUCCGGCAAGCCUGAAAUCGAAAUUCUGUAAUCUGAAAACUCUUUAA